AUGCAAAAUAGUGUACUAUUUGUUCAAAAUGCCACACCCACCACGAUUACCACAUUCCACGAUCUUUUGUCCAAUGAAUUGCCGCAAUCGCUUGGCCCUUGGAAUUUUGAGCUCAAGAUAUUUCUGAAUAACAAAUUUUCAAGGCCUGCAAACUUUGAACCAAACCAGAUAGCCAACAGAUACCUCUACACUCUUCAAUUGUCAUAUUAUAGCAACCAAACGAUUAGUAUAAUUAAUAACUCGAAAUCCAUCAUCACAAAAAUUCCAAAUACCGGCACACUUUUCAAUGAUUCUUCAAGUCCUGAAAACUCAGCACUUAUAGAGCACAUCAAACAUGGAUGCGCCAACAAUAUGGGAACGACAAUGGAGAAUUUUGAGCGACUUAUAACGAAAAAACUUGCCAGCCUUUGGACUGUAAAGCAAACGAUCAAGGGAGAAGGAGGAUAUGGAUACAUUAUUUCUGUGCCUGGAUUGAAUGAAAACGGUCAAAAUGAAAAAUUCAGGCUGAGAACCAGUAACUGCUUUCUCCAUGGAUUAUUCAAAGGAUUUCUUAUCGAAAUAGAACACCUUGACGAUGAAAUUCAGCAAGACGAUAAUUUGGAGCGUAACGGUUUGAUUGUUAAAUUUACGAAUAGCAUCAAUAAGAUCAAAAGCUUGAUAGAUUUGUACAAGUUUCCAGAAGGCAACUUGUGCUUCAACGUUCUCAACGAGACUAAGCUGGACUAUCUAAGUGACUUAUGUCAGCAAUAUUGCGAUGCGUUGCAGUUUUAA